CAUUUGGGGGGAUAUCUGUACUGUCCUGACAUUUGGGGGAUAUCUGUCCUGUCCCUGACAUUUGGGGGAUAUCUGUACCGUCCUGACAUUUGGUGGAUAUCUGUACUGUCCUGACAUUUGGGGGAUAUCUGUACUGUCCUGACAUUUGGAGGAUAUCUGUACUAUCCUGACAUUUGGGGGAUAUCUGUACUAUCCUGACAUUUUUGGAGGAUAUCUGUACUGUCCUGACAUUUGGGGGA